UUUUGGUCUUUUCCUUUUCCCCCGCUCUAGGGUUUUAUCAGGGGAUAGAGGGAGUAACUAGAGCAACUUGACAAUGGAAACCUCAAACAUUUUGCUAAUACCUCUCUCAACUGAUUGAACAUGGAAAACCAAGAUAUCACCUCCGAGAAAUUGCCAUCACUAUUACAGCCCCCGCCCCCUCAACAAGAACCAGACCCUAAAAGGCUGAAAAUGUCCACCACCACGACCUCUGAUGAUGGCGAAGCCACCACAACCAGCACCACCAGAAAACAAAGAUACAAGCGCCGUAAAAUUGCUAUAUUCUUCGCAUACUGUGGCGUGGGCUAUCAAGGCAUGCAAAAAAAUCCAGGUGCCAAAACGAUUGAAGGGGACCUCGAAGAAGCCCUUUUCCACUCCGGUGCUGUCCCCGAACAGGACCGUGGAAACCCCAAGAGAUACGACUGGGCCCGCUCGGCUCGGACUGAUAAAGGCGUCAGCGCCGUGGGUCAGGUCGUAUCGGGCCGAUUUUACAUCGACCCCCCUGGUCUCGUUGAAAGAUUAAAUUCAAAUCUUCCAGCUCAGAUUCGGAUUUUUGGGUACAAGCGUGUAACGGCGUCAUAUAGUGCGAAGAAGUUCUGUGAUCGGAGGAGGUAUGUAUAUCUUAUUCCUGUUUUUGCUCUAGAUCAGUCUUCGCAUAGAGAUAGAGAGACUGUUUUAGCUAGCUUAGGAUCUGGUAAUGAGCUUGUUAAGUGUUUUGAGUGUUCGGAGAGAGGCCGCAAGGUAGCGGGUCUUAUGGGUAAGCGUACUUAUCAGUUGGGCAUGCCGUUCAACAAUGAAGUUGCUAAUUUAAAUUCUGAAGUGUCUGGUGGUGAUGAUAAUACAAAAGAUGAAACUACGCAGGAAGUUAAAACGAAUUGUGAAUCCACAGAGGAGGUAAAUACAAAUUCUAAAUCUGAGAUGGAAACUCAGGAUUGUGUGGACAAUGGGACAGUCGAUACUAAAGGCUAUGUUCAAGAGGAUAAUAAUGAUGUCAAUGUGGGAUCACCGGAUGGUUCCAAGGUUGUGGGGGAAGGGCAACUUAAUGGAGAGGAGAACUCUCUAACAGAAAGUGGCUUUUGUUAUGGUGUGAAGGAAAAGGAGAGGUUCAACAGAAUCUUGAAGCAUUAUGUAGGGUCUCACAACUUUCAUAACUUCACCACCCGAACAAAAGCUGAAGACCCUGCUGCUCGUCGCUACAUUAUUUCGUUUGAUGCAAACAACAUUGUUAAUGUCGAAGGAAUGGAUUUUGUUAAGUGUGAGGUUGUGGGGCAGAGUUUCAUGCUUCAUCAGAUUCGGAAGAUGAUUGGGCUUGCUGUUGCAAUAAUAAGGAAUUGUGCUCCAGAGUCACUAAUAGAAACUGCUUUACAGAAGGAUGUCAACAUUAAUGUACCUACAGCUCCUGAGGUUGGCUUAUACUUGGAUGAGUGCUUUUUCUCAUCAUACAACCAAAAGUGGAAAGACAGUCAUGAAGAGCUGUCAAUGAAAGACUAUGAAGAAGAGGCAGAAGACUUCAAGAUGAAGCAUAUAUACUCUCAUAUUGCUUCUACUGAACAAAAGGAAGGAGUUGUUGCUUUAUGGUUGCAUUCUUUGAAUUACCGAAACUAUCCUGAUUUACGAUUCGUCAAGAAUGAAGACAUCAUUGACAAGAAAAAUAACAAUGAAGAGCCCGUUGACGGGAAAAACAACACUGAAGAUCCCAUUGACAGUAAAAAUAACAGUGAAGACACUAUUGACAAGAGAAAUGGCAAUGAAGCAACCAUCGGGAAGAAUUCUGAAGUGAACGAGGUGGCUGAAUGAAUUGUCAAUCCAGCAAAUGGAUAGGCCAUUUGAUAUUUGACUUUUUUGCUCCGGUGGGUCUGUUUAUGUUUUGGUUAUUUAUAAACUUAUUUACUUAUAUAGACUUUUGUUUUUCUUUUUGUGACAAAAGAAUGUCAGCUUUAUUUCUCAUUUGAUGCAUGAUAUAAACACGUUGUUAAUCUAAACUUAAUGAAAGGCCGAGUGAAAUAAUUCUU